CGGACUCGGCUCGGGCUGCCAGCGGCCGCUCUGCCCGCGCCCAGCGCCGACUCGCCGGGCUCCCAGCGCCGGACCCAGCCCCUCGGCUCCCCGGGGCCGGACCGAGGCCGCCAGCAGCGCCGCGGGGUGUGGAGCGGACCCAGGAGAUGAAAUGACAACGACAACCCUCCAGAAAGCCAUUGAUCUGGUGACGAAAGCCACAGAAGAGGAUAAAGCCAAGAAUUACGAGGAGGCGCUCCGGCUCUACCAGCAUGCCGUGGAGUAUUUCCUACACGCUAUCAAAUAUGAGGCACACAGCGACAAGGCCAAGGAGAGUAUUCGAGCCAAGUGCAUGCAGUACCUAGACCGGGCAGAGAAGCUGAAGGAUUAUUUACGAAACAAAGAGAAGCACAGCAAGAAGCCAGUCAAAGAGAAUCAGAGUGAGAGCAAGGGCAGUGAUAGUGACAGUGAAGGGGAUAAUCCAGAGAAAAAGAAAUUGCAGGAACAACUGAUGGGUGCUGUCGUGAUGGAGAAGCCCAACAUUCGGUGGAGUGAUGUGGCCGGGCUGGAGGGGGCCAAGGAGGCCCUCAAAGAAGCUGUUAUUUUGCCAAUUAAAUUCCCACACUUGUUCACAGGCAAGCGUACCCCUUGGCGAGGGAUACUGCUCUUUGGACCCCCUGGCACAGGGAAGUCUUACCUCGCCAAAGCGGUGGCAACAGAGGCCAACAACUCCACCUUCUUCUCUGUGUCGUCCUCAGACCUGAUGUCUAAGUGGUUGGGGGAGAGUGAGAAGCUAGUCAAGAACCUGUUUGAGCUGGCCAGGCAGCACAAGCCCUCCAUCAUCUUCAUCGACGAGGUGGAUUCCCUCUGCGGCUCCCGCAAUGAAAAUGAGAGCGAGGCUGCCCGAAGGAUCAAAACAGAGUUCUUGGUCCAGAUGCAGGGGGUGGGGAAUAACAACGAUGGGACUCUGGUUCUUGGUGCCACAAACAUCCCGUGGGUAUUGGAUUCGGCCAUUAGAAGGAGGUUUGAAAAGCGAAUUUACAUCCCGUUGCCGGAGGAGGCUGCCCGCGCCCAGAUGUUCCGGUUGCAUCUGGGGAGCACUCCCCACAACCUCACGGAUGCCAACAUCCAGGAGCUGGCCCGGAAGACGGAAGGCUACUCUGGUGCAGACAUCAGUGUCAUCGUGCGUGACUCCCUCAUGCAGCCUGUUAGAAAAGUACAGUCAGCAACACACUUCAAAAAGGUCUGUGGCCCUUCCCGCACCAACCCUAGCAUUAUGAUUGAUGACCUCCUGACCCCAUGCUCACCAGGGGACCCAGGAGCCAUGGAGAUGACUUGGAUGGAUGUCCCUAGUGACAAACUCUUAGAGCCUGUGGUUUGCAUGUCGGACAUGCUCCGGUCUUUGGCCACCACUCGGCCUACCGUGAAUGCAGAGGACCUCCUGAAAGUGAAGAAAUUCUCAGAGGACUUUGGACAGGAGAGUUAAAAGCUUCUUCACUCGGGUGAAGGUGGGAGGUUGAUUGGGGUAAAUCCACAGCAUGCCCCAUGUCGGUGGCCGGACAGGGGUCCAGGGCUUGUCCUAAAGUCACUACAGCGUCCCCUCUGCUGUUUGGCCGCCAGCCGGGGAGCAGGAAGGAAGGGCCCCCCCGGCCGCAGAGACGCAGAAGCACACUGGGCACCUGGUGGAAUACUGGCUCUUCCUCCUCCUUCCUCCUCCUCCUCUUCUGGAUGCUUGCCAACUCCUUGUCCUGCCCCUCCAUGGUUUUUUUUUAAAUCGUUUUUGUUCCCCUAAAUUAAUGCUGCUUGGAUUUUCGUCUUGUUUCUAAAUAAAGUUAAAAUCUCCGGGAAGCAUCAAGGAGUGGGAGCAGCCCGUGCUGUGGGGCUGGUGCUGCAGACCUUCAGAAGGCCUUGCCGUCCCCACGGCCGUUCCUCCUAGACCCGAGGUUUGCUCCUUGUGAAUGGAAUGGCUGAUACCCUGGAUCUCCAGUCCAAGCUUCGCCUGCAAAGGCUGAGAAUCAAGCCAAGCCAUUCGUACCCUCCUAGGUCGGCAUCCCGAGCCCUGUGUCCUCCAUGCGGGAGGAGAGGAUGGAUUUUGUGAGCACAAAGCUGUGUAGAUCAGAACGAGUGAAGGCAGCCAGGCGGUCUCGCGGCUGCCUUUUCUUCCCUGUGAAUGUGAGAACACUGAACCCAGCCACUGCCCCCGGGUCCCUGUCCUGGAAAUGGGCUAAUAAAUCCUUUUCCCUUCUUGA